AAAAUUAUUAAAAAAAAUCCAAAAACUUUAACAUAAAUAAAGAAAAUCAUAAAGUAAAAAAAUGUUUAAACAAUUGUGUUUGCUAAUAAUAACCACCCUGUAUUGGCAACCAAUCACCGGUCGCCAUCUUGUGCCAGCCAAUUAUCAUAGUUUACAACAACCCUAUUAUUUACCUUAUAACGAUUAUGGUUAUACUUAUGCAGCAGCCGCCAACGGUGCCGGUCCUUAUCAACCCGCCUAUCCACAACCCUAUCCACAACAUUCUCCUUUAUAUUCUCCACCUGGUACAUAUUUUGAUCAACGUCGUGGUAUUUUAAGACCUUUUCCCGGAGGUGGUGUUCCCGUUUUAGUGGAUUAUCAUAAACGUUGUUCGAAUCAAUAUGUGGGUGUGAAAGCCCAUCCGGAACAACAUCAAUAUUAUUAUGUUUGUAAACCGGAUUGUGUGAUAUUUGGAAAAUGUCAAAAUUUACAGAUCUUCAAUAACACCAGUGGACAAUGUGUUCAAAAUCCACCACCUGAAUAUAUACCAACCUGCUCGGGUGUAGGACGUUUUCCGCUCUUCUCCGAUUGUCAUCUCUAUUACAAAUGUGAAGAAGAUCUACAGCCUAAAAUCUAUUCCUGCCCCGCCUAUAUGGUCUUCUCCCCUGCCUCAAAGAAAUGUAUUAAUGGUAACAAAUGUACACCUACACAAAUAUCACCACAUAGUUCUUAUAUACCCGAAUAUUGUUCGAACAAAUUUCCACCCUGUUAUGAAAAUGGUAUAUUCCGUUCACCAUCCGAUUGUUCACUUUACUAUAAGUGUGAUUUGCAAAAGAAUGGUGUCUAUAUGCAGACGAGAUCAAGAUGUCCCACUGGCAAAUUCUAUGAUUUGCAAAAGAGUGAAUGUUUACCCUCAGAACAAGUGCCCUGUGAUUGCAUACAAGUAGCGGAAUUGGUUUAUCCUAAAGUGAAUAGUAUAUCCUAUCAACCGGCCAUGUAUCCAGCACAAUAUGAUUUCGAUUCUUUAGAGGAGAAUUUGUAUCCCGUAGAACAAUCGGCAGAGGAAAUGAAUACAAAUUGUAAUAUUACUGAAACUAAAAGUGAUAAGAGUGAAAAUUUAGCUGAAGAGGAAGUUACUUCAACUGAGGCUCCCGAGACCUUAGCAACUACUUUAGUUACCGAUGCUGUGGAACAAAACGACAGUGGAGCAGAUGUUUUAUCUGAUUAUUUGGAUAUUGAAAAUAGUGAGCCGAAAAACCAAAGCGAGGAAAUAGAACAUGAAGCUGAAGAUCUUAUUGCAACAACUAUUAGUUCGGAAGAAGGUUCUGGUUCUGAAACAGAUACCACUGAGCAAAGUCAUGAUGAAGAAAAUUCAACAAUAUUAGAUGAUAGUAAAUCGGAAACUGAUGACCCAAUAAUGGAUAGCACAGCAGAGACUGAAGAAGUAGAAGCAACUUCUGCAACUACGGAAAAUGUGCAAGAGGAAACAGAUCAGCCAGAUGUACUUAUAGAAGAACCUGAACAGGAAUCUGUUAAAGAGGAAGAAAAUGAAGUAAUAACUACUAAGCGAAAAGAAGAAACAACAACUACAUCCACCACAGUUUUGGGAAAAAUCACAGAUAUUCCAGAAAAAUCGGUGAAACCAGAACCCUGCGAAAAUAUUAUAGAAAACGAUGAAAGUAAUGAUAAACCCUUACCCACUGAUAUUCCCUUCAAAGACACUUCACAGACACAAAACAAAACUUGUUUACCCAAACUCACAACCACUAGUUCAGAUUCUGUUAAAGUCGAAACUGAACCCACGAGAACAACACUUGAUUCGACAUUUACACGAGGUUCUAGAAGUACUAUACUUGAACAGAACUUAACAACCAUUACACCCACUGUUACUGUCACCACCACCACCACACAAUUACCCACUACUAUAAUGACCCCUACAGCGGACAGUUUGGAAACUACGAAACUUCCACAAGAAACUAUUAUAGACAUAGAAAAGGAUAGUUUAGUAAACGAAACACCGGAAUCUAAUCUUUUGGACUCUGAAACUAAUUUGGAAACAGCGGAGACAACACAAUCUUCGGAGAGAACUACGGCCGUCACCAGAGAAACUACUCAUAAGCCAGAGGCAAACUCCCUUGAAGAUAACAGCCUUAAAGAAGAGAAAAUCUUGAACUCAGAGGAGCAGGGAACAGAUUUUACUACUUUGCAAACUCCAACAGAAGAUCACAAACAAUUUACUCAAACUAUACACACACGAUCAGUAGAAUCCUCGUCUUUAGAACACGAUAUAUCUUAUGAUGAUCUUUCCGAUAUUAAGGAUAAUGAUAUAACUUCGAAUACAGCACAAACCUCUACCAAUCAGCCGUCAUCUGUUCAUACAUCUAAAGAGUCUGACGACUUUAGUUUAGAAUCUGAAAUAUCACAAGAAAAUGAUAUAACUAGAACAGAUUUUCCAGAAGAAAGUAAAACGGAUAUAAACGAUAUUGCCGCCACUCCUUUGAAGAUUUCGGAAUCCCAAGAAAAUACGGAAAUUCUAGAAACUACUACAGAAUUACCACAAACUGAAAUAUUACAAACCACUACUGAAACUUUAAAACCUAAAACAGAAGACGAGAACACCGAUAAACCCUCAGACUUGGACGAUGAGUUUGCUUUAUUAGAUUCUGAAAUAAAUAUAGACAAUUUUGAAAGUACCACACUAAUGGCGGAAGAUAUUCUAAAUACAAAUUCUAUGGAAAAUGAAGAAUUUCUAAAUACAAGCACUCUGGAGAAUGAAGAGCUUUUACCGUUGAUCAAAGCUACACGUAAAGAAGAGCACAAAUCUUUAAAUGAAAAAUCGGUUACUUUAAGGCAGGCCGAUUUUAGUGGGGAAGAAUUUUUACCAGUUCAUAGUAAAACCACAAAUAUGGAGGCACUAACAGAUCAAACUACUGACUUCAAUUAUAUAACCGAACAUUUUGUAGAUGAUUCUGAGGAUGAUUAUACUACAGUAAUAGGGGAUAAAGAGACCACUACUAAAGCAACAAUUGGACAGGACAUAAAUGAAAUAGAAGAGGAAAGAAAGGAAGAAGUUAAAACCUCCACACCGAAAGAUGAAGAGACAACUAGCUUAGCAACAGCUAGUGAAGAACUAAAGGAACUAGAGGAAAUUUCAAAUUCUAUUGAAACCGAACACACUACCACCCUCAAAAGCCAAGAAAAGGACACUACUACCACAACAGCAGUUAGUCAAGAACAAACUGAAAUGCCAGAAAUUUCCAAUUCCAUUGAACAGGAAAAAACAGAUGAAGAUAAAAGCACUACGAUUUUAAAGAGAAGACAAACUUCUCCCGAAGAUACAACCCAACUAACCACCGCUACACCACCCAUACAAAAUACAUUGGCAGCAGACUCCUCCGCUACAGCUAACGCAGAAAGUUCAACAAUCAAAGAAGAAACGUUAAACAAUAUGGAUAAUUCCGAUGAUACAUUAGCUGCUGUAUUGGAUUCCGAAGUCGUGCUAAACGAUCAAAGCGAUGAAGUAAGCAAUAAUGAAAUUACUUCUGCUGAAACUACUACUGCAAAGCAACAAUUUCCUAAUACACACUCAACAACGUUUACGCCCACACAAACGCCCACUACUACACCCAAAUAUACAACAACAACAAACACAACAGAAAGCACUUCUGAACCAUGUGAAAAACACUCAAAUCACUUAGUCCUACACGUUAGAGAUGAAGAUCAAAAAACACCAACAACACAACAAGACCGUCCCUUUCCCAGCAAAAGUUUAUAUUAUAUUUUAAAAACUAAACCAGUGAUAAAUACAAAUAAGAACAGUCAUACUUGCAACAACAAUAAUAAAAAUAAUAAUAAUAUUAAUAAAUCUUGUAAUGAAACAGUUGCAGCGCCACCAUGUGUUGAAACCGAUAAUGGAAAUAUACCACGUUUAGAGAUUAUAGCCGAACGUCCCAUUGAUGUACAUUUCUCUGUAUGUCCCUCCACUUGCGAUAAAGAUCACAAACAUAAUUUUGCCAAUAAUCGUGCUGUUUUUCUAAGAUGGUUUGCUAAUAAAUCGAAACAAACUAUGGGCUUUGAGACCGUUAAUGAAGUGAAUACGAGCGAUGCUAAAGACUGUUGAUAAUAUGUUUGUUUCUUUUUUUUUAAUUUAAUGUAAUUUAAUUAUCAUUUUAAGUUUUACAUUUUAUUUAGUUUUUAAGAAAUUUAAUUUAUCGAAUUGUCUCAAUAAAAUAAUCAUCAAAAAAAAGGUUCACAAUCAAAAGUUA